AUGGUGGAGACGGAAGAAACCGACGAAGCACUGUAUAUGCAUGAAGUUGUGUUUCUGAACGAAGAGAAACUAAUUCCAAAGAACUUUGAAGUACACAAAGAAGAAGAAGGAGUUUGGUAUCUCGACAAUGGAGCAAGUUACCACAUGACAGGAAAAGAAGAAUACUUCUCCGAAUUGAACAGAAAUUUCAAAGGCAAAGUCAAAUUUGGUGAUGGCAAGACAGGGGAACAAAAACUUGUCAUGGAUAUUUACUACAUCCCUGACCUCAAGAACAACAUCUUAAGCUUGGGACAAGCUACAGAAGCCGGCUGCCAUGUAAGGAUGAGGCAGGACUAUCUGACACUCCAUGAUCCAGACAAGAAACUACUCGCUAAAGUCACAAGGUCUUCAAAUCGGCUUUACAAAAGAAAGCUAAAAAUUGGAAAAUCUGCGUGUUUACAGUCGAAGGUGGAAGACGAGACAUGGAGAUGGCAUUCUAGAUUGGGACAUAUAAGCUUUAGGACGAUGAAGGCUAUAACUCAAAACAAGAUGGAGAAGAGUGAAGCAUAUGGAAAAUUCAAAGCAUUCAAAGGUCUGGUGGAAAAGGAACUAGGGAAAAAAAUCCUGACUUUAAGGACAGAUAGAGGAGGGGAGUUUACUUCAAGGGAAUUUCUGGAGUUCUGCGAACAAAGUGGGAUUAGGAUGCAUCUCACUGCUCCCUAUACACCUCAACAGAAUGGUGUAGUAGAGAGAAGAAACAUGACCUUAAUGGAGAUGACAAGGAGUAAUCUCAAGGCUAUGAAGGUGCCAAAAUAUCUUUGGGGAGAGGUGGUUCGUCACUCAACUUACAUCAUCAAUUGA